AUGGCCUCCAUCGAGGUAGAACUCACGGUUCUCAAAGAGGACAACGACGAAUCACCGAUCGAGGAGGUCCGUGUAACGGUGCCCAACGACGAUGACCCGACCCUACCUGUGUGGACAUUCCGGAUGUGGUUUUUGGGUCUCAUCUCAGUGGCGCUCCUCUCCUUCAUCAACACGUUCUUCCAGUACAGGGCUGAGCCCAUGGUCGUCACCAUGAUCUCUGUUCAGAUUGCUACGCUUCCAAUCGGCAAGUUCAUGGCAAAGGCGCUGCCCACAACCAAGUUUCGGAUCCUCGGGUGGGAGUUCUCACUCAACCCGGGUCCGUUUAACGUAAAGGAACACGUGCUCAUCUCCAUCUUCGCCAACGUUGCUGGUAAUACCGCUUACGCCGUGAGCAUUGUAAAUAUUAUAAAGGCUUUUUACGGAAGAAAUAUCAGCUUCUUAGCUGGUUGGGUCCUCGUCAUCACAACGCAGGUUUUGGGCUAUGGAUGGGCUGGGAUACUGAGGAAGUAUGUCGUAGAUCCAGCGCACAUGUGGUGGCCUUCUACUCUUGUACAAGUCUCCUUGUUCAGGGCUUUGCAUGAAAAAGACCAUAGGAGGAUGUCGCGGGGGAAAUUCUUUUUAAUCGCAUUUGUAUGCAGCUUGGCAUGGUACGUUGUGCCGGGCUAUCUUUUUCCGACGCUAUCAGCUAUUUCAUGGGUGUGUUGGGCAUUUCCCAAAUCAGUAACAGCCCAACAACUAGGAUCAGGCAUGCAAGGACUUGGUUUGGGUGCCUUUGCCCUUGAUUGGACCGUUGUUUCUUCCUACCUCGAAAGCCCUCUCGUUUCUCCCUUUUUCGCAAUCGCUAACGUCGCCGUCGGCUACAUCUUAGUCAUCUACGUCAUGAUGCCCUUAGUGUAUUGGGUCUUCAAUUUCUAUAAUGCCAACACCUUCCCUAUCUUCUCCAACGAACUCUUCGAUUCCAAAGGCCUGCAAUAUAACGUAACGGCCAUUGUCAACGACAAUUUCCAGAUUGAUUUGGACCAGUAUGCUAAACAGGGUCGGGUGAAUCUUAGUGCGUUCUUUGCUGUGACCUAUGGCAUUGGUUUUGCUGCUAUUGUUUCUACUUUGUCUCACGUCGCCGUUUUUAAUGGGAGGGAGAUAUAUCGACGAUUCAGAGCUUCACGUACAGAAAACGAGGACAUUCACACAAGAUUGAUGAAGAAGUAUGAGGACAUACCCAACUGGUGGUUUUAUGUGACUCUUGCAGUCUCGUUCGUUCUUUCACUUGUACUCUGUGUUUUCAUGAAAGACGAGGUACAAUUAGUUUGGUGGGGACUCAUCUUUGCAGCUGGGCUUGCUUUUAUUUUCACACUUCCCAUUAGCAUUAUAAGGGCCACGACUAAUCAGUUUCCAGGAUUGAAUAUCAUCACAGAGUAUAUAAUGGGUGUGAUAUCACCAGGCCAACCAAUAGCCAACGUCUGCUUCAAGACCUACGGCUAUAUAAGCAUGUACCAGGCCGUUUUCUUCCUAAGUGAUUUCAAGCUAGGACAUUACAUGAAGAUCCCCCCACGGUCCAUGUUCAUUGUUCAGAUCAUAGGGACUAUAGUAGCUGGAACCAUCAACAUUGGGGUGGCAUGGUGGCUUCUGACUUCAAUAAACGACAUAUGUCAUGCGAACGCACUGCCUCCGAACAGUCCAUGGACCUGUCCGAGCGAUAACGUCUUCUUUGAUGCGUCGGUGAUUUGGGGAUUGGUUGGUCCCAAACGAAUCUUCGGAUCUCUUGGGAAUUACGCAGCCCUCAACUGGUUCUUCCUUGUGGGUGCGUUGGGACCAUUAAUGGUGUGGCUUUUCCAGAGAGUCUUCCCUAAGCAGAAAUGGAUUUCCCACAUUCACUUCCCUGUGCUUCUCGGUGCAACGGCCAACAUGCCACCGGCUAGCGCCGUCAACUUCAAUUGCUGGAUCGUCGUUGGGACCGUCUUUAAUUACUUCGUCUAUAAUUAUCGUAAGAAGUGGUGGCAACGUUACAAUUAUGUUCUGUCAGCUGCCUUGGAUGCUGGUACGGCCAUCAUGACGCUUCUUCUCUUCUUCACUCUCACCAUGGAGAACAGGACCUUGAGCUGGUGGGGUUCGUCCGGCGAGCACUGUGAUCUCGCCACGUGUCCUACGGCCAAGGGUGUAGUUGUUCCUGGUUGUCCUGUAUAUUAA